AUGCCAGUUGCCCCUGCUCCUCCCAUGCCCCAUGGUGCCGGUGCCGGUGCUUCUGCUUCUGCUCCUGCUCCUGCUUGUGCUUGUGCUGCUGGGGCCAAGCUGGCCGCACGUCCCCAGGCGGGAUUACGAUUCCCAAAUUCGAAACCUCUCCGCCUAUCAUUGGCCGCGGCGGAGUCGGGUGACGGGGGAAAACUCAGCGAGAAGUUUAUUGAGCUUUGA